UGCUCACCACGCCCAUUCAACUACAAGACUUACUUUACUCUCUCACACGUACAUAAGCUGCCCGACAAUAUAAGUGGGCAACUCAUACGAUGCCUCCAUCAGUCCCUUCGCACGUCUUCAACGCGUUGAAGCGGUUCACUUCGUGCGAUGUCGGCGAUGCUCUUAUCAAAUUGAAUGUCAAAUAUGGUGGCUACCUUCACGGCAUCAAGAUGUUUUCCCCUCUCCAACAAGCUGGCGAGAGGAAGAUCUUUGGACCUGCCUAUACCGUGCAGAUGGUAGACUCCAACGACACAACAUCUCCAAAGCCAUCACAACACUUUGUUGACGGUGUGACGAAAGAUUCGGUGGUGUUUAUCUCGCAGCCAAAGAACUUCUACUCGGCGUGUUGGGGUGGGCUGAUGUCUACGAGAGCUAAGCAUCUUGGUGCUCAGGGUGUGGUGAUUGAUGGCAGCUUCAGGGACUUGAACGAACACCGAGAGAUGGACUUUCCAGUCUUUGCUCAAGGAACAUCGGCACUUGGAUCCAACACUUUCACCAGAGCUUCCGCCCUCAAUGUUCCCGUCCAGUUUACAUCUCCUACACAAACACGGCCAUUGACCAUCAAUCCUGGCGACUUGAUUCUGGCCGAUCUGGAUGGAGUAGUUGUUCUUCCAGCCGAACAUGCCGAAAAGUGUCUGGAGAUCUGCGAAGAGAGAUUCAAGAUUGAUGAGCAAACCAUGGCCGCUCUACGAGCUGGAGAACCCAUGGGCCCAACUCUUGCUCGUUUGAGAAAGUAGAAGCAUACGUACAUAGAUGAGUGCUCUGACCAACACCAUGUUACAGCGUCAUAGAGUUGAGGGAGAAAAUACUCAUGCGACACAUCUUGACACCGUAGUGAUACCUUUGAGAAGUCGGAAACGAGAUUUCGACGCAGUAACUCUUGGUCAUAGCCGUGUCUUGUAUAUUAGGCUCACUAUAACACCAUCAGGCCUCCGGCUAUUACCGACACAUGAGCCUCGGUAGUGGUGAUCUCCUGAACUGCAAAGUUUGGUCAAUAGGUAGGAGGACCGUCACGCAUGUCUCAAAUCCGAAUUGGUAUGCAAGAAGACUGCGCAUGAUGCUCUCAUAGCUUCGAGAAUCUAUCUUUCAGUCGCACACCCACUACGCUCUCCCUUGAGGUCAUCAGCUUCCAAG